AUGCCGGUUACAGUGGGAGUUCUCGCCCUACAAGGCGCAUUCUUUGAACACGUCCAGCUGUUGAAAAAGGCUGCUGAGCAGGAGUCCCUGGCUGGAUGGGAGUUUAUUGAAGUCCGCACCCCACAGGAACUCGCGCAGUGUGACGGAUUGGUCCUGCCUGGUGGAGAGAGCACCACUAUGUCUCUUAACAAAGGAAAAGGCGGCUUGACAGAUGCUAAUGUGGCAACUAUAGGGGUGCAUCGCAAGCCAGUCUGGGGUACUUGCGCUGGGUUGAUCUUGCUGGCUGAAUCGGCGAACAAGACGAAGAAGGGUGGCCAAGAACUCAUCGGUGGUCUCGAUGUCCGCGUCAAUCGCAACCACUUCGGUCGACAGACAGAAAGCUUUCAGGCUCCAUUGGAGCUACCAUUCCUAGGCCAAGGCGCAGCACCCUUCCCAACGGUCUUCAUUCGCGCGCCUAUCGUUGAGCGGAUAUUGCCCCACCACAAGGGCAUCCAAACCGAGGAAGUCAACUUGGAAGAGACAGUCGUUGCGCCAUCGCGUCAAGCCAAGGGGCCCGCCGCUGAGGCUGCCACGGCCGAUCACGUCGAGGUGCUGGCCACCUUAUCCAGGCCGGCUUCGGUGAUCGCUACCCAGGGUCGAGAUCUCAGCCCUGAAAAGGAACUCGGUGACAUCGUGGCGGUGCAGCAAGGCAAUGUGUUCGGAACCAGCUUCCACCCCGAACUGACCGGAGAUGCGAGAAUCCAUGCGUGGUGGCUGCGCCAGGUGCAGGCGGCCGUUCUCCGAAGAAACAAGCUGGGACAAUAG